AUGGAACUUUCCACUUCAAAUGUUCAAAUCUGCGAAGGCGGUACAACAAGAUAUACGCUUGAUGCUCUGCAAUCAACAGAUGGACGAUCGAAACGUAGGAAAGAAUUGAGGACUGAUAAAGAGACCUCAACCACUGGCCUAUCAAGUAGGUUAACUUGUAAUCAAUGUGGUAAAUCAUAUGCAACGACAUCAAAUUUAUCACGGCAUAAACAAACACAUCGACCGUUGGACAGCCCCUAUGCGAAACAGUGCCCAAACUGUGAACGGAUCUACGUUAGCAUGCCUGCGCUCAGCAUGCACAUGUUGACACACAAAGCGGCACAUAAAUGUGCACAAUGUGGUAAAACAUUUUCACGACCAUGGCUUUUGCAAGGUCAUAUGCGCGCUCAUACAGGUCAAAAACCCUACGGUUGUGCGCAUUGCGGUAAAGCUUUCGCUGAUCGUAGCAAUCUUCGUGCUCACAUGCAUACUCAUUCCGGUAUCAAGAAAUACGAAUGUCCUAGUUGUGGAAAAAUGUUUGCGUUGAAAAGUUAUUUGAACAAGCAUAUUGAACUAGUAUGUCCUAUAAACAUGCAAGAUGCACAACGCAAUCAACUAUGA